AUGUCUAUUCUCGGAUCCCCUGAACUUUACAUAGGUACAGAAGUUACCUUCACCGCACCAUCACCCCAAAAGUGGGUUAUCGAGGGGAAAGUGACUGAGGGUGUCCAACAAAUGACAAUGUGGGAACUUAAUGGUGGCGCUGGUCCUCCCUUUGCCGUCUUCAAAUAUCUCUGCCACAGUGCGGAAUAUAGCGACAAGAAGGCGUUCAUGCGAAUCUAUUUCCAGAUUCCUGAAGUUCGAAAAGGACAGACUGCUCCGCCACGAAAACAUCGAGAGCUAGACAUCCCGAAGGAUCUAAACCGACGACAAUGUCCCGUGGUCCCGAGUCUCCUUGCCUAUAAAGAAGGAAAACAAGGUAAUGAUGGCCUAGUCCCAGAUGGAUACAUUACAUAUAUAGGGCCUUAA